AUGUCUUUCCCUCAGCUGGGUUACCCCCAGUUCCUCAACGCAUCCCAAGAGGUCUACGGAGCCGAGCGGACGGGUGUCAUACCCACGUCUCCCCGGGAAGGGAACUCUGAAGGCAGCGCGAACCCGACAGCAACAGCGGCAACAGUCACGCCAAUGUUGGGCAUGUACGCGAAUCCUUGGUCGGCUCAAAACUACAGCGCAUUUUUACCAUACAACAGUGCAGAAUUGGCCCUGUUAUCCCAAAUGGGUUCGCAAUAUGAACUGAAGGACAACCCUGGCGCGCAUCCCUCUGGCUUUGCUCUUCACACUGCACCCGGUUUCUACCCUUAUGGCCAGUAUCAGUACGGUGACCCGUCACGGGCCAAGAGUGCUACACGAGAGACCACAAGCACGCUGAAAGCGUGGUUGCAGGAACACAAGAAGAACCCGUAUCCUACAAAGGGUGAAAAGAUAAUGCUGGCUAUCAUUACCAAGAUGACCCUAACUCAAGUGUCUACCUGGUUUGCUAACGCGCGUCGGAGACUCAAGAAGGAAAACAAGGUGACGUGGGGACGCAGCGCAGAGGAUAGAGACGGACGGAUUUUUGAUAGUGAUAACGAGGAGGAUAAGAACGAGGACGACGAGGAAAUAGACUUAGAGAGCAUUGAUAUCGAUAAGAUCGACGACAGCCGUGUUGAUCCAAGUAAUGAGGUGGAUAAGAGUAAAGUGGAUGAUACAACAGAGGAGGAAAAUAUGGAAACACAACGGACAUUAAAUCUGCCCGCGCUCAAAAACACGGAGAACUCGAGCUCUACAAAUAAAGACUCUGAUCCUGUCAAAAGUGCUGAUGAACUUUCUCCCAACGGACCUGGGUGUCAACGCCCUGUUAGCAAUAAGCCGAAGAUUUGGUCUUUAGCAGAGACUGCAACAAGUCCAGACAACUUUCAGAAAAUAAGCGUCCCUUCGGCUCCUGUAGGCCUACGAACGCCUUCUUCACCCCACCCAGCCUUUCUCGCGACAAAUGGAAUCUACACCUGCCAGGUUGGAAAACUACACAACUGGGCCAGCGCCGCAUUCCUCAGUGCUAAUUCCCUGAUGAGUGUGCGAUCACUACUGGGAGUAAAUUCAAACGGCCACUACUUAAACCAUAACUCACUGCCUCACUCCGAGAAGAAGUCACCAUCUCUCUGCGUGUCUUCAGCCGUGGAAGCUGAAAGUGAGAAUUCGUCUGACAGCUAUGGCCAACAACAGAACGAUCAGGAAAACAUGCAGAGGAUUGAAUCGCCAUCAUUUGCUUUAAGGACGCCAUUUCCACUCGCCAAUGACAGAUCUCACCAUGAGAGUGCACAGCGAAUUCUGAAGACCAUCUCUUAG